CGGCAGCGGGCCCGGGCUGCGACCCGAGCGAGCCCCAUGCCCCGCGCGGGCUGACGGGCCGGAGCCCGCACCGAGCGGCCGGGCCGGACAGGUCCCGCUAGAGCGACAUGAUGGUGGAAUCCGCCUCGGAGACAAUCAGGUCAGCUCCGUCUGGUCAGAACGGUGUGGGCAGCCUCUCGGGGCAGGCCGAUGGCAGUGGCAGCGGCAGCGGGGCCGGGGCUGCGGGCACUGCUGGAGGCGGUGCGGGCAGGGACGCGGCAGCAGGAGCAGACAGCAACGGCGAGAUGAGCCCCGCGGAUCUGCUGCACUUCCAGCAGCAACAGGCUCUCCAGGUAGCCCGGCAGUUCCUGCUGCAGCAGGCCUCAGGCCUGAGCUCCCCCGGGAACAAUGACAGCAAGCAGGCAGCCUCUGCAGUGCAGGUGCCCGUGUCGGUGGCCAUGAUGUCGCCACAGAUGCUUACCCCCCAACAGAUGCAACAGAUCCUGUCGCCCCCGCAGCUGCAGGCCUUGCUUCAGCAGCAGCAAGCACUCAUGCUCCAGCAGCUGCAGGAAUAUUACAAGAAGCAGCAAGAGCAGCUCCACUUGCAGCUUCUCACCCAACAGCAGGCUGGGAAGCAGCCACCCAAAGAGGCACUGGGGAACAAGCAGCUGGCCUUCCAGCAGCAGCUCCUACAAAUGCAACAGCUGCAGCAACAGCACCUGCUCAACCUGCAGAGACAGGGGCUGGUCAGCCUGCAACCCAACCAAGCCUCGGGGCCCCUCCAGACGCUCCCGCAAGCAGCUGUGUGCCCCACAGACCUGCCCCAGCUGUGGAAGGGCGAGGGUGCCCCUGGGCAGCCUGCCGAGGACAGUGUCAAGCAGGAGGGGCUGGACCUCACUGGCACGGCCGCCACCGCUACCUCGUUUGCUGCCCCCCCCAAAGUCUCACCCCCACUCUCCCACCACACUUUGCCCAAUGGACAGCCCACUGUGCUCACACCUCGGAGAGACAGCUCCUCCCAUGAGGAGACCCCCAGCUCCCACCCCCUCUAUGGACACGGAGAGUGCAAGUGGCCUGGCUGUGAGACCCUGUGUGAGGACCUGGGCCAGUUUAUCAAACACCUCAACACGGAGCACGCCCUGGACGACCGGAGCACGGCCCAGUGCCGGGUGCAGAUGCAGGUGGUGCAGCAGCUGGAGAUCCAGCUUGCCAAGGAGAGCGAGCGUCUGCAAGCCAUGAUGGCCCAUCUGCACAUGCGGCCCUCUGAGCCCAAGCCCUUCAGCCAGCCGCUGAACCCAGCCCCCGGCUCCUCCUCAUUCUCCAAGGUGACAGUCUCUGCAGCAGACUCCUUCCCAGAUGGCCUCGUGCACCCCCCCACCUCAGCUGCUGCUCCUGUCACCCCUCUAAGGCCUCCAGGCCUGGGUUCUGCCUCCCUGCACAGCGGGGGCCCCGCCCGGCGGAGGAGCAGCGACAAGUUCUGCUCCCCCAUCUCCUCAGAGCUGGCCCAGAAUCACGAGUUCUACAAGAACGCGGAUGUCAGGCCCCCCUUCACCUAUGCCUCCCUCAUCCGCCAGGCCAUUCUGGAAACCCCUGACAGGCAGCUGACCCUGAAUGAGAUCUAUAACUGGUUCACCAGGAUGUUUGCCUAUUUCCGGAGAAACACUGCCACCUGGAAGAAUGCCGUGCGGCACAACCUCAGCCUGCACAAGUGCUUUGUGCGUGUGGAGAACGUCAAGGGCGCCGUGUGGACUGUGGACGAGCGGGAGUAUCAGAAGCGGAGACCACCAAAGAUGACAGGCACCAGAGGCCUUCUCCCUACUCCAGCCACCCCACACGGGCUACCCUUUACCUGUGCUCUUGACCCUGAGGCCCCAGGGGAAGGAGAGAGAGGUCUGAGGAGCCCUACCCUGGUGAAGAACAUGAUCUCCAGCCUCAGUUACGGAGCACUUAAUGCCAGCUACCAGGCCGCCCUGGCCGAGAGCAGCUUCCCCAUCCUCAGCAGCCCUGGCGUGCUGAACCCGGGCUCCACCAGCAGCCUGCUGCCCCUCAGCCACGACGACGUGGGCGCCCCGGGGGAGCCGCUCCCCAGCAAUGGCAGCAGCAGCCCACCUCGGCUUUCCCCGCCCCAGUACAGCCACCAGGUGCAGGUGAAAGAGGAGCCCGCCGAGGCGGAGGAAGACCGACGGCCCGGACCCCCCCUGGGGCCCUCCAACCCCAGCACUGCCGGGCCCACGGAAGACAGGGACCUGGAGGAGGAGCUGCCUGGAGAGGAACUCUCCUAAGGGCCUCAGGGGCAGGCAGGGCAGGGGUGAGACCCCUCCUGGCCCCAGGCCCCACCUACCCCCACUCCACAGCCCCGUCCAAACCUCAAGGCACUUCGGGACUCAGAUGGGGGGACUGGCCAGCAACUCCCAGUGUGACCUGACUGACAGACGCUUGGGGCAGGGACGGUCCCACCCCCAAGGGGAAAUAGAACCCCUGGUCUGGGACCAGCAGAGGACACGGAGGGCCCAGACCCCUCUUCAGACCCUCCCCGCCACCAGCAGCAGCAGGGCCCUCCGCCCCCACCAGCUCUCCCUACAGGGCCCCCCCUGCCCCCCCCCCCCCCCGCAGUGCUGUGGAGACCCGCAGGCGGGGCUAAGCCACCCCUCUCAGACCCAGGGCCCCUCGCACCUGGCUCUGGCAGUGUUUUUUCCAGCCAGAGGCCCCCCACUCCCCUGAUCUGUGCUCCCUCUCACCUUCUUUUCCAUACUGUGAAGAAAAAGUUCUCCACCCUUAAACUCCUACUUCCACCCUGGCCUGGGUGGAGGAACUGAAGUUUCCACCCAUCCCCAGAAGAACCAGCCCCCUCGGCUGUGCCCACUCAAAAGCCACAACUGGGGUGGUACAAACUGUGUGCCAUGUGGGGUACACAGGGGCAGGGUCCCUGGCUCUACCCCUUCUCCCCACCUGAGAUGGGACCCAGGCUGAACUUGGCCUCCACCCAUUUGCUGGAUGUCCCUGCAGCUGCCCCACCAUCCGGGGAGCAGAGGAAGAGGCCCCACGCCGCCUCCUGUCCGUGCCAGGCAGACUUCUGGAGGUGGGGCCGCCGGAGGGAGCCCAGCCACCCUUGAGGGGAGGGGUGGGGCAGAGGUGGUGCCUGGGCUGCCGGCCACAUCCUGCCGCUGUCUUGGGGAAAGGCCAGGCUGACACUGGGCUUGAGGGGCCGGUGGGAUUAAUUUGGUGGCUGCUGUGACCCAGCAGGCCACUCCUGCCCCCAGCCUGUAGGUCCUCUAUUACAGUCCUCCCUCACCCACCCUCAGCACCUCUUUCCUGUCCCCCCAGUUAAACAGAUGACCAAAGACCUUUCUUAUGCCGGAAGCAAAAACCAAAACUUUUUGUUCGCUUUUUCCUUUGUCGCCUCCUACACACCCCCCUCCCCGGUCCUUUUUCUCCCAACCCCGGCCCCAGGCUGGAAGCCUUCCCUCCACUUAAGUUAUUGUUUUAAACCAAAGUUUACAGUGUCUGUUGGUGGCCAAGACCCUCUCUCUUCACCCCUUCUCCACCCAACCCUGAGGACCCUGGGACUCAGUUGGGGCUGGGGACCCUGCUCACCUCCCCUCUGCUCUUGCCCAGCCGGGAGAAGGAAAGAGGGCAGGGGACGGAGGUGGGCCGCCCUCAGCCCCUCCACCCCCGUGGGCAGCGGGCAUAUGAGCCCUAGUCCCAACCCUGGGCUGCUUCCUGGGGUUCUCCAGAUCCCUCUCUAGGACCAAGUCCCCCAUCACGCUGGGAGUGUGGAUUCCAGCAAAGGAGCUGGAAAAAAGUGACACUCUCCACAGACCCCCUAUGGGGGAUCCCGACUUGAGGCCAAGGACUGGGUGUGUUGGACUCUCGUGACACCCUGGGCUAGGCCCCUUUUGCUGAGAAGACUCCUUGGACUAUUUCCCAAGAAACCCCCACAUACGUCCCUUCACAAGCCACCCCUCCCAAGAGGCAGGGGGCCCUCCGCCCCCUCCCCUGUGUACUCCCCACCUGUGUUUUGUUUGACCAGCACAGAAAUAUUAAACGUCCUCUAUACACCGGG